GUUGAGAAUUUCUUCUGUAUGGGAUCUCCAUUAGCAGUGUUUUUGGCAUUGCGUGGCAUCCGUCCAGGAAACAGCGGUAGUCAAGAUCAUAUUCUGCCCAGAACAAUUUGUAACCGCUUACUAAAUAUUUUUCAUCCAACAGAUCCAGUGGCCUAUAGGUUAGAACCUUUAAUUCUGAAACACUACAGCAACAUUUCGCCUGUCCAGAUCCACUGGUACAACACUGCAAACCCUCUACCUUACGAGCAUAUGAAGCCAAGUUUUCUCAAUCCAACAAAAGAACCUACCUCAGUUACUGAUAGCGAAAGUGUCUCAACUGUACCGAGCCCAACUACUUCACCAGUCAUGGUUCGACGCCACUAUGGGGAGUCUAUAACAAACAUUGGCAAAGCGAGUAUAUUAGGCGCUGCGAGUAUUGGGAAGGGCCUCGGCGGGAUGCUUUUUUCGAGGUUUGGUCGAUCUAGUACGACCACCCCGCAGACACUGGAGACGGGAAAAGAUGGAGUCGAGGGGGACGACAAGAAGGCCACAACCGCUGGGACACCGCCUUUCCCACACAGCAGCUCGGGCUUUCUGGAGCCCACAGGAGGUUUAUCUGUAGAUGUGUUUGUCCGUACAUACAUGCGCGACAGAACUUCAUGCAUGUACGAGUUUCGGCUAAUGAGAUCUGCGUAUCAGUCGCUCCUAGACUCUCACUAG